UAAAUAAUAGUAUUGAUUGUCUAAUGAAAUUGUGUUUAUUUAAUUCCUCUCUUUAUUUAAAAUAUUAUAAUACUUAUUUGUGCUACAAGCAAUUUACGAUGAUAAUAAUGGAUGCAUAUCAAAUCGAUCAAUAAAUUAAUUUGUUAAUUUCUUACCCAGUCGCCUUGACCUGUCACUCAUUUUUGUACUUAAAAUCUGGAUAAACCUUUGGAAUUAUGGUAGAAAACGGUGCAUCGAGUGGCGGAAGUGAGAGCCCAAAUGCGACGUGCGUGAGAUCCGGCUUGUUGGAGACCCUGGUCCGCGGCGUUUGGUACCGCGUACAUUGUACCCUGGAGGAGGACUAUCUCAGCGUCUGCCUCGACGAUGGGUAUGACGCGACCACGACACUAAAUGGCACGUUAAACAACAACAACGUGGAAACACCCAACAGCGACUUCACAGAGGUACCAGAGGCCAUAGCGAACCAAAAACGUGUUGUACAAGUGGUCAAGUCGGACAAUAAUGGCCUAGGCAUAUCAAUAAAGGGUGGGAUAGAGAAUAAUAUGCCCAUACUCAUAUCGAAAAUAUUCAAAGGUAUGGCUGCAGACCUCACAGAACAACUGUAUGUGGGGGAUGCCAUAUUAUCUGUGAACGGGGAGGAUUUAAAAGAUGCAACUCACGAAGAAGCCGUAAAAGCACUGAAGAGAGCUGGCAAAAUGGUUCAGCUUGAAGUAAAAUAUCUACGAGAAGUGACACCAUACUUCCGAAAAGCAUCUAUCAUCAGUGAAGUGGGUUGGGAGCUGCAGAGAGGGUAUAUGGUCGAUAUACCUCCUUCUCCACCAUCGCCCAGAAAGAGACGAGCAGACACCAGAUUUGUACCACUUCUGAUGGCAUGCAUUGCCAAGAAUUUAAGACACCAAGAUCCAGAGGAGCGCACCCUGGAGAUCUACUCGCCGGACGGUGUCCACGCGUUAACACUCCGAGCACCGUGCAGCACCACCGCUGCGGGCUGGCACCGGUCUUUACACGCUGCGACGCGGCGCUGCGCGCGGGCCGCCCUCGCUCGCGCCAGGCCACGCCUCCGCCCUGUUGUGGGGGACGUCAGAUUCGCAGGCUGGCUAGCGAGACGGCCUAUACAGGAACAUAUGGGCGCUUCUGGUGGUUCCGAUGACUCCGACGAAGCGGAAGGCUGGGUGCCGACAUUCGUCGCUAUCACAGAUAGGGAGUUAAGGCUUUACGAGGCGGCGCCAUGGUCGGCAGAAGCGUGGUGCGCGCCCGCCGAGUCGCUCGGGCUAGCGGCGACUCGUCUUGCUUGGUGGAGGCGUGGCGCGGGCGCGGCGGCGCUGGGCGUGCGAGCGGGCACGCCGGCGGGGCUGUGCGUGCGCGCGCUGCGGGCCGACACGCCCCAUGAUUUAGCGGCAGUGGCAGGCGCGCUAGUAGACGGAGCACAUGCGGCCGUCACGUCGCAGCCGGAGUUUACCUUCCGUUGCCGGUACCGCGGCGCGGGCGCGCGUCUGUCGCUGGGGGCGGGGGGCGUGUGCGUGUGGGAGGCGUGCGGCUCGCUCGGGCGCGGCGGCGCGCGCGCGCUUUACCGCCGCCCGCUGCACGCGUUACGCGCCUCCGCCGACGACGACCGCGCCGCGUUGCUGCUACACUUCGCCGAUGACGAUACACUGGAGCUAGACAUGGAGGGCAGCCCGAAGCCCGCGGUGUUCAUUCUCCACAACCUGUUGUCCGCGCGCGUUCACUCGCUGCCGAGCGACGCGAACCCGCUAUAACACAUCGACGCGUGGUAAUGUUCCAAAAGUAUUAUCCUAUUUACCGUUUGUUUACUCGUAUAUUCUACUAAUAAAAAGAUCCACAUUAAUUGUGUAUACAGACGUUGUAGUCAUAAUAUGUUAGGUCUUGGUCUAAAACGUCAGUUUAAUAAUCUUUCUCUGGCAUAUUAAAAAAUUUCUUAUAACAGACAAACAGAGCAGACUCUCUAUAGUUAUACGCUGUAUCAAGUCUUUGUUAGUAAGAGCGCUAGGGGGGUAAAAACUAAAAGGUCUGGUUAAAGUGUGGAAUGUGGAUCUUUUUAUGAAUAAGGAGCUAAGUGUUAUAGGGUUAAGACGAUAACAGGAUAUGAAAACAUUCCAAUGAUUUGCUUGUAAACGCAUCCCAAUGUUUUAUUUCGUCUAGUCUGAACUAGAUCGUGUUGUUUUACUUGUCAUAUUCCAUACUAACAUAAUAUUUUUUAAUUAUAACAAUGGCGGCAAUUUUAUAUCAUAGCCUAUAAAUUAGUAACAUUGCAUAAUAUUAUACGCGGAACGCGCUUGAUUAUAAGCAUAUUGUAAUGGUGAAGUCAAUUUUUAAUGGACUUAUAGCCAAUAAGCUGAAAAAUUAUUGCUAAAAAAAGCUGUAGAUUUUUUGUAAUCUUUGUCUUUUUUCGCUUUUUAGUUUCCCAUAAGCAUAGAAAGAUAA